GAAAUCCUGGAAGAGAUGGUCUGCCUGGAUCACCUGGUUCUGCUGGUGCGAAAGGAGAUCCUGGGAGGCCUGGGAAAAGAGGAAAUGUAGAAUUUGUGAAGUCAACUUGGAAACAAUGUGUGUGGAAAAGGGUUGAUGGAAAAGACACAGGAUUGCUACAGGUAUUAAUAUCACGUUAUUUAUUAUUAAUGAUGCGAUGUUGUGCAUUUAAUCUUUAUUAGUAUAAGAAAUUUUUAAAUCUUCAAUUUGGGCCAAAGGCUCUUAACUGAGCGUCAAAUGAGAACAAUACCUAUAAUAACCUUUUGAAUACGGCUGUCUUGAACCUUUUUCUGCAUUUCGUGGAUACUUCGACAAUACGAAAAAUUAGCACUGGCCAAAAUUUAUUAAUAUUUAAGAAAUAGAAAACAUUUUCCGUGUUUCUAUAGACUUAUAGAAACACGCGGGCUAGUUUGGGAGAACGAGAAAUAAUCAGUGGGAACACAAGCACGUAGUGCGAGUUAUUUCGAGUUCUUCCAAAUUAGCACAAGUAUUUCUAUAACUCUACAGAAACACAGGAAAAAAUGUUUUCUAUUUCCUUUAUUAAAUAACCUGGUGAUAAUAACAAAAAAACAAUAUUUUAACGCGAUUAAAAAGUAUAUUCUCAUUACACAAUAACAAGAAAAUGUUGCCUAGCAACAAUACCGGCAUCAAUUUUCAGUUUUGGCGACUGCAAAAUUAUGGAAAAAAACACGCUGCAAAAGUUGAUUUAAAGAAAAGUUAAAGCGAAAAAACGUUUGGUAAGUGUUUUCCAUUGCUUGUUUAUUAACAAAAUUGAAACGUAUAUUUUUAAUCGAUAUUUCAGGCGAAAAAUGUUUGUUUUAGUGUGUUGUUUUGAGGUUCGUGGAAAAUUCCCGUGUUCUAUAGCGCUAUAGAAACACGGGAUUUUUCGCUUUUCAACCAAUCAGCGCAGGUGUUAUUAAAAGGCUAUUUUAUAAAGGGUGACAUUACAUGGACAUGUACAUCUUAAAUUAUUGUUCUGUAUAAGUCACACAAAUUACAGUUAGGCAAUUGAGUGACUGAAUUUCGUUAUAGAAUUAUUGCACCAAACCAGCUGUUUAAGAAAAUAUAGAAAACAUUUUCCGUGUUUCUAUAGAGUUAUAGAAACACGCGUGAAAGUUUGGGAGAAACGAGAAAUUGCGUGGGAACACAAGCACGAAGUGCGAGUGUUUCCACGCAAUUUCGAGUUUCUCCCAAAGUUUCACAAGCGUUUCUAUAAACUCUAUAGAACACGGAAAAAUGUUUUCUAUUUCCUUUAUUAAAUAGCCUUUUAAAAACAAUAGAAAAGAUAAAUUUAUUGAUUUUAAUUGCUUUCAUUCAAAUAUUAAUUCCACCUUAAUAUACGUUCGUGUAAAGAAUAAUUAUAAAAGCAUAGCGAAUUAAGUAAACAAGUAUAUCGCUGUCAAAACAACAGACAGCACUUAAACAGGCUUACUAUAAUACAAAGUAUAUAAUUCACUCAACAACAAACAUGCUUGCAUGCAUGCAAAGAAAACACUGUUUUAAAUAGUUAGUGAACGUUUAAAGAGCCCAUAUCACUUGUGGGACCUUUAUGGAUUUGAAAAGAGCGUAAAAAGUUAGUUAGUAAAUUCAAAAGAUUGUUUUGAUUUAGUGCAAUGAUUUCGAAGAUACAGGCCUCUAAACUACCUACAGCUCCUGAGUCCCAGGCUCCUAUGCACAACGGACAGUUUCGAAAGUCGCCGUUGUUUAUUAUUAGCAUAUAACAAAAUUGGAUACUUCUCCAUCAACAUCAUAUUCUCUCGCCAAAGCCCAGUCCUGCCAGACUUUCAACCAAAAUUUGGUACUUUUGUUCGCACUUUCAUUUAGUUCUUUUGUUAAAGCAAAAUGCUUUUGUUCGUAUUUUCAUCUUGUUCCUCAAGGGCAAUUUCAUUUCACAUUUGUGUUUAAAAUACCUUUCCGCCAUUUUGUUUGUUUUGGGAAAAUCAUUAAUUGUACUACAGUUACAAUUAAUGAAAUAAUUAUACUCCUCUCAACCAAUCAGCAUCUAGUAAUUUUGUCAUGCUAAUAAUAAGUGCAUUUAUUUAAUGACACUUAAUAAGAUUUAAUUUUAAAGUACAGUACAACAACAGUUAAAUUGUCAAGGGCCUUGUCAGAUGUAGGCUAAUAUGAUGUAUUAGCAAUUCGAUUUCAAUUCCCAGGGGCCUAGAAUCUUUUGUGCUUAAGAAUUUCAAAGUGGAUUUUUUAGAAAAUUCCGAGGUUGCGUUUUUUUAUACACCCUGCAUACUACAGGCAUCCCAAAAAGUCCCCUAUAGAAAGCACUUUUUUGUUAUACCUCUGGGGAUUUAAAAUAGCUUCUAAAACGAACAGUAACACAAAAAUGUCAAAUUACAAAUUCGUCUUAUCGUCAGUUCGAGUAACAAUGGUUCCACUGACUACAGAGCAACUAAUAUUUGUCGUAACAACUCAUGCGUAAAAGCAAAGUCUAACUGAAGUUAAAUUAUUUGGACGAAGGGAAGUUGUAAAUACUUCUGCCGUUCAUGUACAAUAAAAUUAAAUUCCCAAAGGUAUAGCUAAUAAUGCACAAGAGUGAUUUCUAAAAAGCGACUUUUUUGGGGACACCCUGUAGUGUCUAUUGAAUUCAUAGUGAAAUCCACAUGAGCUGCUAAUAAUUGAAAGAGAAAUUACCCUCAUUGGUUAAUUCAAGGUAAACCACCAACGAGAAUACUUUGAACUUUGACGGCACAAAGAACUUAUUUUAAUAAUUAAUGGUGCUACAUAUUUGAUUAUAACUUACACAGGUGCAUGCAUACUGAAGAAAGCUACGUGCGCGCGAAACUGUAUAUACACACGGAUAAUUAAAUUACAUCUAAUUGGUGUCUUUCUUUGACUAUGUACAGAGCUGUAUUUUCAACAAGAAGUACGACAACACUUCACUUCGUGUAUUUUACGAAGGAACCCUAACUUCUAAAGGCAAUAAUGUUUGCAAUAGAUGGUAUUUUACCUUUGAUGGCGCAGAAUGUACAAAACCAGCUACUAUUGAUGGAAUUGUUUACACCCGUACGAUCCAAAUCAUCCCCCAUCAUCACCGGCAUAUUGAAGGCUACUGUAACCAGGUUCCUAAAGGUCAUGUACGUGUGGGAUUCUGGAUUGGCAAGUGUCAGAAUGAAAUUCACGGAGAUGGUUCCACUGGUUGGAUUUCAGUGUCUCGUAUUGUGAUUGAAGAAGUAACACCACCUCAAGAGUAA